AUGGGUUUGCCUAUGUUUGUAUCUCCUCCAUUGCCCAAGAGACAGUUACCCUCUAAACAAAGCGACUCGGCAGAUUCAGAUACUUCAAGGACUCGUGGAGACUCCGAAGACCGUCAUCGUCGUCGAUCAUUCCCCUACAAUAUAGUCCAACAGCACAUCCAUCGCCUACAACAGUUGCAAUAUCUCCACCGCACACGAGAUAUGUCCUCCUUCAAUCAAAAUGCGCGCAGAAGUCUACAGUCUGCACAUUUACUGGGUCAAAGUCGUGUGCAUAUGGUACCAGGGGUUUACAAUCCAAAUAUAACAGCAGGAAAUGGUCUGCAUUAUGGAUUCAUACCACAAAGGCUGAGGAUAGAGAGAAGGCAGAGAAGUGGUGAUGGCAGCAAUAGAAUAAGAGACGAUGGGAUGAUGAUGGAUGAGAGUGAUGGGAAUGGAAAUCCUUCAAUAAAUACGCAGACAUCGCCAAGAGCCACAAUACAACCCUCAGAACCGUCAUCUACUACUGUUCCCUCGACUCCAACAAUACCAUCUUCCCCCUCUCCGUCCGAUGAUGUUAUCCGACGAGUAACCCUUAUUCGUCAGAAUCAAAGAAGACCUCGUUUCAGAUUACUAUCGCCUGUGUCGUCUAGGAAUACAACUGCAAACGGGAAUACGUCAAAUGGUAGUUAUUUGCCAUCAAAUCAAUCAUCUAUAUUAACAUCGCCAUCUUCCCCUCAUACGACAAAUGGAAGAAACGAGAGCUUCAUUACACAACAGCUUGCCCUAACGCCGUUGAGUAUAAGUUUAGCUCCGGCAAUUUUAUCAUCUCAUAUAGCAAAUGGAAAUGUUAAUGAGAUUGACCGAAGACAAUAUGGCGAUGGAGUUGGAUGGGGUGAGAGUAGUGGGUAUUAUGGACAUAGUAAUAAUACAACAGGGACAACAACGGGACAGAAUCAGACUUCCUCUUCUCCUUCCCUUUCGUCCCUCGCUCCAUUAUCACCAACAUUACUUUCCCUGAAUCAGGCCUUCCCUCUUUCCGCUCCCCACUCACACAUACAUUCCCAAAACUUUACAAGUCACAGUCAUACCAUACCUCUCGCUCCACAUAGCCUUCACUCGUUCUCCACAUCUGCCGACAGUCAUCGCAUCCUUUCACCUAUACCUCGUCGCUACACCACAUAUCCAGAUGCCCUCGCAGCGACUGAUUUUGAUGUCCCAGAAGAUACAGCGUUUUUAUUUGAUGAUGGGACGAGUGCGGAGUUGGUUACCGUGGCUAACAAUGAGAUUGAGGAAUUUGGGCCCGCCCGAAGUAGUGCUUCUGGAGAGUGUUGUUAG